GUGCUCAUCGAUGGGGAAUUUCAAGGUGAAUGAAGAAGUUCGGGAUGCUCGCGUAGGUGACCCACAAAAGAUAUCUCAGGCUCAGGCUGGUUCAUGGAUUUCCACCUUGUGCAUGCAAACUCAUAACCUAGCCAUCACCAGUAGAGCGAGCCACCGCACCGCCGAAUUUCUCGUCCUUCUCUUCACCAAUUUCCUUACCACGUCAAUCGCACGCGCAGUCGCUGUUUUAUCCGUUCAUUAUGGGCGACAAUAAGCGCAAGCAGCCACCGGCAGGCUCCAACGGCUCUGCCCCUAAGAAGAGCAAGGGCGGCGGUGGCUCCGGAAAGUGGAGGACACCUCACCAGCAAGCCAAAUUGGCGAAGAAUGUGGCCAUUGGCAAAUCAUUAACGGUCGGUGAUCGGGGGGUGUGGUUCACAUAUGCGCGCAACAUGAAGUACAAGGCGCAGAGGGAGAUUGUCGAUCUCUGUGAAGAGUACGGCGAGACCAUGUACGGCAUCAAGCGGCAGUCGGAGCCCGAUGAGGACGACGAGGAUGCGCACCAAGAUAUUGAGGCGUCCAUCGAGCAGGAGCUCAGCGAUCUGAAGCCAGGUAAGCCCAAGACUGGGCAAACCUUUGUGGUGGUGCACGUCGAUGUCGAAUGCUUGAUGUUUGUGCGAAUGGCGCAACCUAUCGACCCGGUCGAGUUUGUGCGUAAAAUAUGCCAGGACGCUCGCGACUGCAAGGAUGUAAUGAGCCGGAAGACAAAGUACGUCAACAGACUGACGCCUAUCACGGACAUGGCCAAGGCUACGGAAAAGGGCCUUGUUCAGUUGGCGAGAACGGUCAUGGCGCCGCACUUUGUGUUGAACAGCGGCGGGGAGGAUCUUAGCGAGGAACCCAGCACCGAUGCGGACUUACCAGCCCCAGGAGGCGAGGCCGCCAACGACACGGCACCUACGACAACGAGGGCAGCGGAGCCGACAGGCGAGGCGUCGCGCCCGACAUAUGCCAUUCGCCCCAGUAUGCGAAGCCAUCUCACAUUGAAUCGCGAUAUUGUCAUCAAGAAGGUGGCAGAGCUGCCUGAUUCGAGUCACAAGGUCAAGCUCACUGAGCCGGACAAGGUCAUAUUGAUCGAUAUCUACCAGAUGUUCUGCGGCAUGUCGGUCGUUGACGGCGUGGAGUGGGAGAGUCUCAAGCGUUACAACGUAAACGAGCUGUAUCGCAUGGGAGCCGAGAAUAAGACGGCUGUGGCUGAUCUCAAAGCGAAGGAAGAGACCACAGCGUCGACGUAGGCUUCGGACCGGCGCUGCCCGCAGUAUCUAAUGCGUUCUGUUUCACAGUAGGAUAAGAACUAUACACGAGGGCUGUAGGAAUGAAUCUACUCUUCAUACACAAGCAUUCC